AUGAAAAUAUUAUUCUGGUUGAUCUCAUAAGGAUAUAUGUGGUUACCUAGAAAAAUACAGAAAUCUGUACAAAAAUCUUUACUAUUAUAACAGGGAAUUGAUUAAAUAUAAAAAGUAUCAUCUAAAAUUUAAAUUAGAUUGAGUUCUCAAAUGGAGAAGUGUAAAAGAUUACAAAUUUUGAAAUUGCAACCAAUAAUAUCAAAUUAAUUAGUGUAUGGAAAUGUUUUAUUUGUUUAGAUUAAUACUAUUAUAGUGAUAUUAAUAGAAAAAAUUAUAAGCAUUGAAAAUAUUAUAAUACUAGGAAUUCUGAUUAUAGUACUUUCUGGAUAAACUUAUCAUCAUGAUCAAAACGAAGAAAUUAUUGUAUAUUAUACUCUAUUUUGUUAUCUCUUCAAUUUAUUGUUAUAUCUUGGAAACAUAUUAAUAAUUACAUUUUAACGAAUGAUAUAAUAAAAUACCAUUAAUUCUUAACAAUGCACUAUCAUUGCUAAAUUUCCAGAUUUAACAGCAAAAUAAUUAUCAAAUUAAAACAUUGAGUAAAUUAACAUAUAUUAUUUUAAUAGAUUACGUUCAUAUGAAACUAUUAAUUGGAGUUAAUUAAAAGUUGGUCAUAUUAUUUGCUUAUAAUAAAAUGAAUAAAGUCCUGCUGAUUUAUUAAUACUUGAUUCUAGUAAAGAGUAGGUUUUAAUAAAUUUUGAUUAAAGAAUUCCAUGCUCUUGUACUUUUGUUAGUUUAAAUUAAACAAUUAAAGGAAAUAUUUUAGAUUUCAAAACAAAAUUAAGUGGAACUAUUUAAUUCACUAUUACAGAUCUUUCAAUUUAAGGUACAAUCAAAAUGAAAAAUGAUCCAAAACUAACUCCUUUUACUAAAAAGAAUAUGAUUUAAAGAGGAGAAAUAUUAGAUUCUGUUGAUUGGAUAUUUGGUAUGGUAAUUAGAGUAGGUAAUGAUUGCAUUGCUUAAUCUAAUUUUUCCAAUUAAAAUUUUACACAAUCUAGUUGGAUAAAUAAUAUUUAUUAGUAGAUUAUACUAAUAUUUAUUGUAUUGUUUAUAAUAUUAUUUGUUCCAAAUAUCAUUUUUUAUUCUUUUUAAUCUUAUGAGAAAUAUUUCUAUAGUAGUAUUACUUAUUGUUUAUUAAUAAUACCUUAAAAUUUAUUAUGGUUAAAUUAAUUAUGGCUUCUGAUUAAUAUGAUAAGAAACAAUAUGAUAUUUAAUAAACAAUAAGAUAAAGAAUGUGUUAGAUAGAAAUCAGUUAAUAGAUUAUUGAGUGAAAUUAAUGAAAAUCAAUUACUUAUUAUAUCUGAAAAUGAUAAGAAAGUUCUAUUACCAAUAUAAAAAUAAUUUAAAAUUAAUCUCUUAACAAUUUAAUAAACAGAAAUAGAAACUUAAAAAAAGUAGAAAACAAAUUUUAAAGGAUUUUUGACAUUCUCACCUAAAAAUAUACUUGAUAUGAUUAAAGGAGAUAUGAUAUUAAUAGAUAAUCCUUAAGAAAUAUUUAAAAAUAAUCAUUAAAUUAUGUAAAUAAUUACUAAAAAUUAAAAAUAAUAUAUAUUUAACUACUAAAAAUUAUAAGAAUUAAUUAAAAAAGCAUCACCUACUUUAAAAACCAAUUAUGAAAAAUUAUUAAUAGAUACUAAUAGACAAUAGACUAAUGAUGAAUAAAAGACACAAGAUUUAGAUUUUUUAUUAGCUGAAAAAAAAGUUCCUAAUUUAAGAAAUUCAAAUGAAAGCUUUAAUUAAAUUAAAAAACUUUAAAUGGCAUCAAGGGAUGAACUUACAAUUAAAACCUUAUCAGGCACAUAAAAACAAUAAUUACCUAAAAAGAAAAGUACAAGAUAUAUAUUUGAUUAAUCAUUUGCAAAAAAAUCAUUAGAACGAAUUGAUUCUAUGAAAGAUCUAAAUAAAGUUAAUAAUAGUGCUUCCAAUAUUAAUACUACACCUACACCUCCUGUUUCUUUGUAAAAAUAAAGAAGUUAAUUUUUUGGCAGAGGUGGAACUUUAAUAAGAUAAUUCAAUAAUAACUCUUCUCUUUAAAUAUCUCCAAUAAAAUAGAGUGAAGAUUAAGGAACAGACAGAUUGAUUGGAGAUUAUUAUAAUGAAUAAGAUUUUAUAGAUUAACUUUAUAAAAAGGAUGAUACUCUUCAUAAUGAAAUUUUAUUGAUGAUUCUAAUUACUAAUAAUAUUUUGAGUGUUUUUGAUGAUUAAACUAGAGAGUUAUAAUUUAAUUUUGGGAAUAAAUUUGAUUAAUCAUUAUUAGAAUUUACAAAAAUUUUUAAUUAUUAAUUAUUAUGUAGUACUGAAAUUGAAAACUCAAGAUUAGAUUAUUAAUUAAAAACAUAUAUAAAAAAGGUUAUAUCUAUAGAAAAUUAGGUGAAAGUUUUUGAAAUUUUGGCAUUUUUAGAACCAACUGAAAAUAGAAAGAAUACUCUGUCUGUUUUAGUAAGAGAUCCUGAAUCAUUUCUAUUAGAAGAGGGUUCUAUAUUAUAUACAAGAAUUUAAACUAAUGAAUUGAAAAAUCUAUUAAAAGGGAAAAAUGAUUCUAAUAACAUAUAACCAGAAUAUUAUAACUAUUAUAAUGAAUAAUUAUAAGAAUUAUUAUGGGAUGGUUAAUCAACUUUUAUUUACAGUAAAAGAUAGUUAAAUUAACAUCAAACAUAAGAAUUUUUAUAAAAAUUAUCAUAAUUGCAUGAUGCUUAUGGGAAUAGAUCAUAAGAAAUAGAGAUUGAAUACUAAAAAUUAGAAUCAUAAAAUGAAAUUUUAUUUUGUAUAGGUAUUAAAUCAGGGCAUCAUAAUAAUUAAAUACAAAUAUUACAAAAUGAAUUUAAUAUAGAUUCUCUUUAAGAUGAUAAACUUUUUCAAACUUUGUAGAUGUAAAAUAUUAAAACUUGUUUAACAACUUCAGAGUCAUAUGAAGAAUUAAUUAUUUUUCUUAGAUCUCAUUAAGUUGUUUAAAAAGAAUAAAUAGUUCAUUUUAAUGAAAGAGAUAUUUAAUAAUUAUAAUAUAGAUUUAGAUAACAUAUAUAAUAUAUGUUAGAAGAAUAAGAUAUCAUGGGAUGUGAUAUAUAAAAACAUUUAGAAAAAUAUAUAAUCAUCAGUAAAUAAUCAUUCAAAAUAAUAUUGUAAGAUGAUUAUCUAAAAUAUCAUUUUGUAUUUAUUACAUAAUUUGCAAGUGGAUUAGGAGCUUAUGAAUUUACUGGAAAAUGUAAUGGAUAAUUAAUAAAAUUACUAAAAUUAAAUAAUAAGAAAAUAAUUACAAUUGGAAAUUCUCUAUAAAAUAAUUAUUUAUUUAAUAAAUCAGAUAUUAGUUUUACUUUAUCUUAAAAUAAUCGUUUUUUUUGUAUAACUUAACCAAAUUUCAUAGUUAAGAAUAUUAAAUAGAUAUUUUCACUUUUUUAUUUUUAUUGUACUUAGUAUUUAUAAAAUUACAUUUCUCUUUUAGAAAUACAAAUAUACAGAAGUACUUUAAUAGGAUUAUCAGUUUUUGGGAUAAGUUUUUCUUUAAACGAUAUAAAUUUAUAUACUUUAAUAAUAUUUUAUCUUAUUCCAAGCAACUUAUUAACAUUCAUUUAUUAAUAAUAUUUGCUUAUUAAUUAAGUAGAUUAUGAUUUGAAACAUCUUAAUAGUUUUGCUAAAAGAUUGAACAUAUUAAAAAAUGAAAAAAUAUUUAAAUAAAUAAGUAAAAUAAUAAUAAUUGGAUUAUUUGAUUCUUCAUUUGUAAUUUUAUUAGAAAAGGCAUUAAUAAACUUAUCAUAUAAUGAUGGUAAGAUAAACUAAACAUUAUAAAUAGUAUUAUUGUAUACAGGUAUUGAAUUAUUAGAGAAAAGUAAAUUAUUAUUUAUUGUUUUUGAUAUGUUUAAUGAUAUUUUAUAUAAGAUUAAGCAAAUUCUUAUUAUGAUAUCUUUAGCAUUGAUUUUAUCAAUUAGUUAUUUAAUAGUACAAUCAAUUUAAGAUAAUUAAAAGAUUUCAUUGUAAUUCAAUUUUGUAGGAUUAUUAGUUUUUAUAUUUAUGGUUAUAUUUUUAGUAGGUUUAUCAUUUGUGAUGUAUUAAUUAUUAUAAUUCAUUAAUAUUGAGUUUUCAUUUCCAAUUGAUAAUGUUUAAUUAGAUAUUAACAUGAAAGAGAUCAAUGAUAUAAAAUAAAACUUGAACUUUGAAAUUAAUGAAAAAGGAUACUUUUAAAAUAUAAAGAAAAUGAUAGAAACUUUAUUUGAAAAUAUGGAUAUUGUUGAUGAAUAGAUAACUAAAUUUAUAAAAGUAGAUUAGACAGCAAUAGAUUAUAUGGAUAAAAAUCAUGGAUUUUAUGAUAGAAGAACAGAGAAUGAUUUUAUGGAUUUCUUUAGAUAAUAGAAUUGGUAAAAAUAUAGUUUAUUAUAUGUAUUUAUAUUUUAUGAAGUAACAAUAUUUAUAGUUCACUUAUACGAAAUUAUGAUGAAUAACUUUUCAACAUCAAUCCUAAUAAUAAUUAUUAUCUAAUUAUUAAUAUAAUUAUUAAUUGUAAUUUUAUAAUUUAAAUUCAUAAACAAUAGAACUUUGUAAUAAUAAUUAUAAAUAUUAUCAUUUGGAUUAAGAUUUGUAUUUAAAAUUCUAAUAGAUUUACUUUAUUUAGAUUAAAGUAAGGAAUUUAAUGCAUUUUUAUAUCAUACCUUAUUUAUUUUAUCUUUUGCACUUACAACACAACCAAAAAUCAAUAUAUAUUUAUAUGUUGCUUUAUAAGUGAUUAUGUAUCUUUUUAAUUUAGUAUUGGAUGGAUUCACAAUUAAUUUUGAUAAUGUUAAUUAAGCUAUAUUUUGUUCAUUAAAAUAUUUUUUUAUAAUAAUAGAGAUCUCAUACCCUAUUUUUAAUUAUAUAUAGAAAAUAUAAUUUUUAUAAAGAUCAUCCUAUGUUUAUUAAAAUAGAUUAACUAAGGAAUAGAAGAAAAUUAAUAGUGUAUUGGGUCUAUUAAUGCCACGAUUCAUUUAAGAAAGAAUGAAUAAAGGAUAAAUUUAAAUCUCAUAAGAUUAAGGUGAUGUCAGUGUGUUAUUUUGUGAUAUUUAUUAAUUUGAUAAAGUUAUUAAAGAUUAAUAAGAAAAAAUUAUAGAAUUUUUAGAUACUAUUUAUAGAGCUUUUGAUUAAUUGUGUUAAAAUUAUGAUUUGUAAAAAAUUGAAACUGUUGGUAAAACUUAUAUGGCAGCAGGAGGACUUAAAGAUUAUGAUGUUGUUAUAAGUAAGUUCACAUUAUUUAUUAUAGAUUAAAAAAAUGCAAAUAGUACUUCUAGAGCCCUUGAAACUGCAAUAUAAAUGAUGGAAACUGUAAAAACAAUGAAAUAUGGAGAUAAUUAAGAUGUUCAAUUGAAGAUAGGAAUUCAUUAUGGCAGAGUGAUUGCUGGAGUUAUUGGUGUUCAUAAACCUUAAUUUUCACUUAUAGGAGAUACAGUUAAUACAACAAGUAGAGUAUGUAGUACAGGUGAAGCUGGAUUUAUUACUUUAAGUGAGGCUGCAUAUUUAAAUAUUAAGGAUAAUACUAAAUAUUCAUUUGAAUAAAGAUCAGUUGCUGCUAAAGGAAAAGGCAUGAUAGAAACUUAUAGAUUGAUUUUAUAAUAAAAAGAAUCAACAAGAAAUUUGACUCCAAAAGUAUCAACAAAAGAAUGUUAAGACAAAAAUUCAAUAUAAGGUAAAGAAACAAAAAAAAUAUUAAAUUUCAAAUCAUCUACAGAUAAAAAGAAUAUCCUUAAAAGACCAUCUGUAUAACCAGCGUAAAUUGGAGCUUUAAUGCUUGGUGAUCAUGCUAAGUCACCAAAACUUGUUAUAAGAUAAUUACAUAGAGAAACAUAGUCUUCUAUUAUGCCUAAUAUGAUAUUAAAAUAAAAACCAUCAGCAGAAAAUUAUUAAGAUAUCAAACGUUUGAAUUCUAUUAAAUCAAAAUCAUUUAAUUAAGUAAUUAUUAUUAUAUUAAUUGCAAGAAUGAUGAUAUUCAAAUGAAAGAGAUCAAUCAUUCAAGUAAUGCAAAAACUCCUGGUUUUUAAAAGAAUUGGAUUUAAAAACGUCAAAGUGUUUUAGAUAAUAUUUAACCAAAUGGUUUAAUAAUACAAAAUAAUUAAUAAGAUUCUAUUACAUAGAUUUAAUUCUAAACUGAUCCUAAACCAUUAAAUUAAAUUGUAUCAUAAUCCUGUCAAUAACAAUUAUUUUAAUCUGGUGUUAAUCUAUCUCAUUAAUCUAAUCAAUAAUAAUUUUUAAAUUCAGCUGAUUAAUUAUUAAAGUAUACUGAUUAACAGAUUGAUAACAAUAAAUAAGAGGGUUUCAAUUUUAUUCCUAGGCCAUAAAUUAAGAAGAGAGGAACCAUAAUUUUGGGAGAACUAAUAUAAAAAAAGGGAGCAAUUAUGAAAUCUAAUACAAAAAUAGUAUUACCUGAAGAAAGGGAUAAAAAUUAAAUAGUUAAAAUAUCUGGUGUAGGUGGAGAUAGUGAUUCUUAAAUGGAAUAGAAAAGAUAUAUCAGAAAUUAAAGAUCUCUUAAAUUAUUAUAACUUUAAGAGUCUAGUUCUGCUUUAAAGAAAAGUCCAGAGUCUAAUAUUGAAAGAUUAGAAGAAUUAGAAAUAGCUAAAAAAAAGAUGAUUAUUACAUCUGAAUAGAAAUUUGAUUAUUAAACAUUAGAAAAAAUUAAGAAGUUUAAAUUAGACUAUGAUGAUAAGUCUACAUUUGAAAUUGAUAAUAAUUAAUUCAAAAAUGAUGAUUAAUAAUUGUAUCAUUCUAUUUAUGAAGAAUACAAAGAAUAAGAAAAAUCAUAGAUGAGAACUAUUUUAAUAUUUGUAACUGCCUUAAAUUUAUUUAAGGGUUUACUUUUAUUUAUAAUAAGCUAAGAAUUUUAUGAUACUUAGAUUGAAUUAAUAAUUAUAUAAGUUUGCUAAUUUGUUAUAUGUUCCAUUUUGACAAUUUGUUAUUCAAUGAUUUAAGAUAAAAUGAGUUUAGAAAUGCUUAAAAUAAUUAUUUGGAUUUAUUUUUUUAGUUUAAGUAGUCUAUCUAUAUUAAUAAUCUUUUUUGAGAAAUAAAAGGGUUUUGAAGUAAUUUUAUAAAUAAGUACUAUAACAGCUAUGUAUAUAAAUAUUUAUCUUUCAUAAAUAUUAAAUUAUGAAGAUAGAUAAAGAUUUGUUGCUAUAUUUAUGAUUGCAAUAACAAUUAUGAUAGUUUAUGAAGAAUAUAUUUUAGAAAUAAUUAUUUAUUAAUUAGGAAUAGCAGGAUUAACUUUUUUUUAUUAAAUGCAAGAAAAAGAAUUAUUAUUUAAGAAUUAUUUAAUAAGUUUACAAUUAUCAACUUAAAUAGCUAAAUAUGAAAACAUGCUUUAAUAUUUAAUGCCUCCACAUGCAUUGAGAAGAUUGUUAAAUCCAGAUUAAGAGAAUACAGAUACAUUCAUGGAUGUAUUAGAAAAUACUACUGUUUUAUUUGCAGAUAUUGCUGGUUUCACUAAAUAUUCAAGUUCUGUUGAACCAGAAACUGUGGUUGAUAUGCUUAGAAAUUUAUUCUCAAAUUUUGAUUAAUAUUGUUAGAAAGCAGAAAUUUAUAAGUUAUUUACAAUAGGAGAUUGUUAUGUUUGUAUGGGUGUUUUAGAUUGUAAGAAAAGAGAUCCUGCAGGAGAAGUAAUUUUUAUUUUAACAAUAGGCAUAAAAAGUCUUAGCAUUUGGUUUUAGUAUGAUUGAAAUCAUCAAUCAUUAUAAAAAAGAUCCAUAAUAUUAGCAUCUAAAUAUGAGAAUUGGAGUUCAUACAGGUAGAGUAUUAGGAGGUGUAGUUGGAACAGAUGUUGUUAGAUAUGAUAUCUAUGGAGAAGAUGUUACAAUAGCAAAUCUUAUGGAAUCAUCAGGAUAAGUAAUAGAUUAUAUUUAUUUUAGGAAGGAAAAAUAUUAGUCAGUGAAGUCACUAAAAAUUUAGUUGAAAGUGAAUAUGAAGGAUUCUAAUUUGAUUAUGCUAAAGAUGUUUAUCUACCCUCAAAAAAUAUGACCAUAUCUACUUACUUUGUUUAACCUAGUGAUAUAGAAUACAGUUAAGAUGAUUGA